UGAAGGCAUCACGGGUCAUUACCAUAAUCGCGGUGUAGGGUCUCUCAUCCUCUUCAAGGUGUCUCCCCAGGCAGCUCACUCGCAGCCCUUUCCUUGCGUUUCAUCGAUCCAUUCCGAUACAAAUCGACGCUUUGUAAAUCUCGGGACCUUGCGUUGCCAUGAAGGGGAUCGGGGUCUUGGUGGUUUUCUUGGCGCUUUCCGCCUCUCUGCCGAACACCGCCGAAGCGGGCAGGAGCAAGACCAGCAACCAGAACAGCUUCCGACGGGCAGCUAAUGGCAUCUACCAGACCCUCAGCGGGGUUUUCGGAGAGGACAACAUUAGAGGGAUGUACAAGUUCUUCUCCAAAACCACAGAGCGGUUUGUCCAUGGAGUGGACUCCUUCCUCGACACCAUCUGGAAGAUCUGGUCAGAUUUACUCGAUGUGAUGGGCAUCGAAUCUUCCAACCUCAGCCACUACUUCAGCCCCACGUCUCUUACCAACUCCCCGGCGCGCGCCCUGCUCCUGGUCGCCGCGGUGCUCGUGGCCUACUGGUUCCUCUCCAUGUUCCUGGGCGGCUUCUUCUACCUGCUGCACGCCGUGUUCGGGCGCUUCUUCUGGCUGGCGCGCGUCCUGCUCUUCGCCCUCUCCUGCCUCUACAUCCUGCAGAAGUUCGAGGGGGACCCCGAGCGCGCCGUGCUGCCGCUGUGCUUCGUCAUGGCGGUGUACUUCAUGACGGGGCCCGUCGGCGCCUACUGGCGUCGGGGAGGAGGGGCCGGUUCGCUGGAAGAGAAAAUCGACCACCUGGACACCCAGAUCCGGCUGCUGAACAUCCGGCUGAGCCGCGUCAUAGACGGCCUGGAGCGUGCCGGGGACCAGUAGGUGUCAGCAGCAGGGGGGGGGGGGG